UGUAUGUCUGUUUUUUGUGGAUUGUACGUUUUGUUCUGUUCUGUUUGCUGCUGUUAUUAUUAAAUAGGUGGCCAGGAUGUACUAAACAUUGUUAUAAUUCGCUUUUUCUCAGUUCUUAAAAACUUAGCAUCCACUAGGCCUUGUUGUUCACUACCUAAGUUGUCGUCCUCCUAAAAAGAUGUUCCAAGGGCCUCCAAACAUAUUCCUCAGCAGGGAGGGAGUGAAAACAGAGAACGACCACAUCAAUCUGAAGGUGGCGGGGCAGGAUGGCUCAGUGGUCCAGUUCAAAAUUAAAAGGCAUACGCCACUCAGCAAAUUAAUGAAAGCGUACUGUGAGAGACAGGGUUUGUCAAUAAGACAGAUUAGAUUUAGAUUUGACGGGCAACCAAUUAAUGAGACAGACACACCGGCGCAGUUGGAGAUGGAGGACGAGGACACGAUUGAUGUAUUUCAGCAACAAACUGGCGGCUCCUGCUAAAACUCCACACCACCUGGACCCCAUGCUUAUCUAUUUUAUUCCUCAUGAUGUUUCAUUGAAAUGCUUUCACACUGUUUCCCAUUCUCUUUCUCUCUUUGUCUCUAUUCAGUCAUCUCUAGCUUUCCUAGAGUGGCCAUCACAAAUGGUUUUUCCAGUAAUAUUUAUAUACGCAAUGGUUAGACAGCUACUGUGGUUGGGGAACAAACUCAAAGCUUCCAGAGGGUGUAGUUCUUCAAAUUGUCCCACCAGCCACUUCUGCAGGGUUUUAUGUUGCUCAGAAUACUGAUUCUCUCUGACCAAUCGCAACAGGGAACCGUUGACCCCUCCAUAGUAUAUUUGGCCUAUAAAAAGUGAAGCAUAGGGUUUUUUUUUUUUUUUUUUCUCUUCAUCUUUCAAUUCUUAAGAGCUUUAAGUAGGCCUGUUUCAACUCGGAUUGUAUUUGCCUGUUUGUGUUGUAGAAAUAUGUUCGACCAGUGUUGUAUUCAUUUGCCUUUUUAAUGGGGCUGCUUCUUGUAUAAGCUCACUGUAGGGACAGGAUCUAUGGACCUCCUUGUUGGUCGUUUAAAAAUGAAGAGACGGACUACAUGACACAAUUUACAGUGACCCUUUCUGGACCAAAACCCAAAGAUGGUACUCGAUUAGCUGAUAAAGGCAGGAUUAUACCAACUAGUUCUAAGUUUAUACUUUUAAAUGUCUGUAGAAAUAUAUCCAUUUACCAUUUCCUCUUAUAUGUUGGUUGAGGAGAUUGGAAUGAUCUAAAUAGACCAAUAUAUCUCUUUUUCUUUUCUUUUUUUUUUUUUUUUUUUUUUUUUUCCCCCUUUUUUUUUAAAU